CUUCCCGCGUUCCUACACCGUCCUUUCCUGACCCGCGUAGCCCCAGCCCUGACCUAGGCUCCGGCCCGGGCCGGCCACUCCGGAGCCGCCAUGUCGUCCGACUUCGAAGGCUACGAGCAGGACUUCGCGGUGCUCACUGCAGAGAUCACCAAUAAGAUUGCGAGGGUCCCCCGACUCCCACCUGAUGAGAAGAAGCAGGUGGUUGCAAAUGUGGAGAAACAGCUCGAAGAAGCAAAAGAACUGUUGGAACAGAUGGAUUUGGAAGUCCGAGAGAUACCACCCCAAAGUCGAGGAAUGUACAGCAACAGGAUGAGAAGCUACAAGCAAGAAAUGGGAAAACUUGAGACAGAUUUUAAAAGGUCACGGAUUGCCUACAGUGACGAAGUACGGAAUGAGCUCCUAGGGGAUGAUGGGAAUUCCUCAGAGAACCAGAGGGCACAUCUGCUCGAUAACACAGAGAGGCUGGAAAGGUCAUCUCGGAGACUAGAGGCUGGGUACCAGAUAGCAGUGGAAACCGAACAAAUUGGCCAGGAGAUGUUGGAAAACCUCAGUCAUGACAGAGAAAAGAUACAGAGAGCACGUGAAAGACUUCGGGAAACAGAUGCUAACUUGGGGAAAAGCUCCAGGGUUCUGACAGGGAUGUUGAGAAGAAUCAUCCAGAACCGCAUCCUGAUCGUCAUUCUGGCCAUCGUCCUGGUUAUCACCAUCCUGACAGCGAUCACUUUUUCUGUCAGAAGACACUGAUGUAUCUGCUCUUCCUUGAUAAACAGCGACCAUGGCUCGUUCUGAGUAAUUAAGACAAAAUGGUCACAUGAAUCAUUCUCUCGCGCUGACAGGGCCUGAAUGACCCUCCCUCUCUCUCACCGCUGUUCAGCUGAAGUGCAAAGAGUGUAAAAAUAUUUUCUAUUCCUGUUUGCAUGUGGGUUGGCUUCGUUUUCUAGGUUUGUCUUCACCCAGAUUUGUUUUUCAUAGGGGAAGGCGAAUGUUUAUUUGCCUUUUGGUAAUUUCAUCUACUGACCAAAAUAGCCUCGGUGACAUUCUUGCUUGCCCUGUGGACAUGUCAGGGGUCAUGGUUUGGGAGAGGGCAUGAUGAGGCAGUCACGGGGGCUUCUGAUGGACUGUGCUGUUUGUCACACACCUCUUGUCACCGAUCAGCCCUUCUGUGAUGUGUGAGCAUGAAAAAUGCAGAGGCAAGCAGCGGCCAGAGCCAGUGACUGGCCCAGCAAACCAGCCCUGUUCCUCCCCAGGCAUAAUGAAUAUAGUCCACCUGCCUGAGAGCUUUCAUCGUAAAGGUGGGUAUUUAAUAGCAGUUGUGCAGGAAAUUGACUUAGCACUUUCCCUGUUUUUCUAUGCAUACAUAUAUUUUUUUUUACCCAAGAAUAUUUUUUGCUGAGACUGCCCAAUAUCCACUUUUCACCACUUUGAUUACUGGCUACAAGAAAGAUUUCCUUGCCUUCC